GCACUUGCAACGGGGGAUGACAUCGAGUCCGUUAGCCAGGUCCGUUGCACUUUUUUGAUUUUUUAAUUAAUAUAAACCCAGUCCAUUUGACGGAUUGAUCCGUAAAUAGCAUCUUGACGGACCCGGUCCGUGGGCGACGUGGCGGAGAGAGAUUGGACGGAGGAGCGUUUGUGUUUGGUAAUGGGGAAAAAAAAAUUCAUUUCGACGAAAGCAAAGAAAAAAAAAACCUCUCAACUCUCUAGGGCGAUUUGUCGGAUUCCACCGUCGCGAUUCAACUCCGUGUGAUCCUCAAGGUAAGUCGAAGCGUUUUCUUCUAUAUUAAUCGAGCUAGAUUGUUUCCAUUUAUAUUCAAUCGAGUUGGGAUCGUUUGUAUCAAAAUUAGGGUUCGCAAAAAAGCUGCGAUUUGGGGAUUUUUUAUAUUAGGGUUUGAAAACCCUUUUGGGUCUCGGUCGCUUUAGGGGUUUGAAAACCCUUUUGGGUCUCGGUCGCUUUAGGGAUUUGAAAACCCUUUUGGGUCUCGAUCGAUUUUGGGGAUUUGAAAACCCUUUUCGGGUGUCGAUCGAAUUAUGGAUUUGAAAAUUGUGCAUUUUUCCCAUUCGAUUUAGGGUUGCCGCUCUAUUUAGUGUUGAUAAGUUCGUCUUUCUUAUUGUUUAUCAACAUUAGUGCUAAUCUUUGCUUUUUGCUUGUCUCUUUCUUUGCAGGUUAACAAAAAUGGGAAGGUAUAGCUAUAGCCAGCCGUCCUCAUCAUCAGCAUCCGUCGACAUCACCUCACUUCUCGAAGCUGAAGCUCAGAUCUACGCCGAUGAAGCUCAGAGUAGCUUCGGUAAUGGAGAGCCGUUUCAGAACCAACCUCAACCUGAGGGGGAUGAUGGCAUCCCGACGAUCUGCUACUGUGGGAGUGAGCCGGUUGUUGCUACAGCCUACACGAAAAAAGAUCCAGGCCGUAGGUAUUUCACCUGCAACAAUGUCGUUGAUGGAGCCACUCACAUCUGGAAGUGGUUGGAUGACGCGGUCUUGGAGGAGAUGAGGGACUUUCAGACGGAGAUAAGAAGGCUUAAGGAAGCAGUUGCAGAGAGAGAGCAGAAGCUGCUGCUGCUAGAGAAGACUUUGUACGACGCAGGAAAGGAAACCACACGAGUUAAGCUAAUGGUGUGCCUGCUAGUGGUCAUAGGUUUGGUAAUCUUGGUUCUACAUGGAGUAGCUGCGAAGGCUUCAAUGGGGACUAUUCUAUCACAUGUCCAAUGGCGAAAAAAGUAAAGGUAGUUAUUUGAGGUCACGGGAGUUGUCACGGGUGGAUUUAGAGUACUGAGAGCAUUUUGGCAUGUAGCUCCUGCUCAUAAGUCACGGGUUUUCCCUUCUUGUAGUAUAAGUACUCGGAUAUGUAUGUCUUUCUCCUCAACAUCAAAAACCUUAUCAUCAAAACCUUUGUAAUAUUUUGGAACGAAAACCAUUGUAAUAUUUGUCUGCUACUUGCUUCUCUCAAUCCUUUGUAUCCAUCUCAUCAACUUGCUUCUCUGUACCAUAACCAUAAUCAGGUUUCGGUUGUUGUUUCAUAUGGCUUACAUGCAUUUUGUUUCAGUUUUACAUGCAUUUUGCUCGCUAUCGUCUUUGGCAUCUUAGGUUUUACAUGCUUGUUAAUAUGGCUUACAUGCAUUUUGUUUCAUAUGGCUUACAUGCAUUUUGUUUCAGUUUUACAUGCUUGUUAAUAUAUGUUUUAACUUUUAACUAGUUGUAUCAGUUAUAAGAACGGCUAUAUUUAUUCUCACUUUGUUUCUAGAAUUUUCUUCAUUUAUAAAAACUAGAAUCCCAAACUACCAAAAAAUAAGAAAAGAUUUAAAAGUAGAAAAAUUCAAAAUAUUUUUAACUUAUAAGAAAAAAAUAGAAAAGAUUUAAAAGUAGAAAAAAUCAAAAUAUUUUUAACUAGAAAAUAUUUAAAAGUAGAAAAAUUCAAAAUAUUUUUAACUUAUAAGAAAAAAAUAGAAAAGAUUUAAAAGUAUAAAAAUUCUAAAUAUUUUUAACUAGAAAAUAUUUAAAAGUAGAAAUAACCUAAAUAUUUUUAACUUAUAAGAAAAAAAUAUAAAAGAUUUAAAAGUAGAAAAAUUCAAAAUAUUUUUAACUAGAAAAGAUUUAAAAGUAGAAAUAAUCUAAAUAUUUUUAACUUAUAAGAAAAAAAUAGAAAAGAUGUAAAAGUAGAAAAAUUCAAAAUAUAAGAAAUCUUCUAAGCAACUUAUUAUUUAUCCACCAGGAUAAGCAAUGUCGUCAUCUUCAUCUGAUGAAAAUGAUGAAAUCGAGGAGAGAUUGGAUGAUAUUAUCGAAGAUUUCAUUGACGAAAUUUACGACGAUAUAGUGGAGGCCGAACCCAUACCGCAAAGAACCCGUAGCUAUACUGAACGACACCGCGAAGGAGGACAGCACCAGCUAAGCAAUGACUACUUCAACGACGACCAUUCGACAUAUUCGAUACAAACUUUCAGACGCCGAUUCCGCAUGAAUAAGGGAUUAUUCAUGCGUAUUGUCGAUGGCCUUGAACAAUUCUUUCCAUUCUUUCAGCAAAGAAAAGAUGCAACGGGGAGGUGGGGUCUUACUGCACUACAAAAAUGCACGGCAGCAAUUCGUCUACUUGCUUAUGGAAAUUCGGCUGACACGGUUGACGAAUAUCUCCGACUUGGUGAGAGCACUGCACUUUCUUGUUUACAUCAUUUCACUGAUGGGAUAAUACAGUUAUUCGGAGAUGAGUAUCUGCGACCACCCACAGCAGAGGAUCUUCAACGACUACUCGAUAUGGGAGAGAAACGAGGGUUUCCUGGGAUGGUCGGGAGCAUUGACUGUAUGCACUGGGAGUGGAAAAAUUGUCCAACCGCUUGGAAAGGACAGUACGCCCGUGGCCACGGAAAACCGACUAUUGUUCUAGAGGCCGUAGCUUCACAAGAUCUUUGGAUUUGGCACGCAUUUUUUGGUCUUCCAGGUACCUUAAAUGAUCUUAAUGUCCUCGAUCGAUCUCCUGUGUUUGAUGACCUUUUAGAAGGUCGAGCUCCCAGUGUGAGGUACAUGGUCAACAACCACAUGUAUAAGUUGGCAUAUUACCUCACAGAUGGUAUAUAUCCAAAAUGGUCAACAUUUAUCCAAACUAUCGCACUCCCUCAAAGUCCUAAACAACAGUUAUUUGCUCAAGUUCAAGAAUCAGUCCGAAAAGAUGUCGAACGGGCUUUUGGAGUAUUGCAAGCUCGGUUUGCGAUUGUGAAAAACCCGGUUCGUACAAUGGCCAAAGAGAAGAUAGGGAAGAUAAUGAGAGCAUGUAUCAUACUACACAAUAUGAUAGUUGAAGAUGAACGAGAUGGUUAUUCAAUGCGGUACGAUAUUUCAGAAUUUGAAGAAGGAGAAUCUUCCAGAACUUCGGAGGUCCUAAACGCAAACCCUACACUAAACGAAAUCCCGACAAUUCUCAAUAAUAUAUUUCCCAACCGAAAUGAUCUUCGUGAUAGGCAAACUCAUGAACGAUUGAAGAAUGAUUUGAUCGAAAACAUUUGGAAUAAAUUUGGCGAUGAAGAUUAAUAAUUAGUAUCUUUAUAUUUAAACCUUGUAUCUUUUAAUCCUUGUAUCUUUAAAUUGAAUCCUUGUACCUUUUAUUUUAAUUAUGCAAUUAAUAAAUUUUCAAUUUCAAUUUUUAAAAAAAAUAAUAAUAAUAUUUUAAUGUUAAGGACUCCGUCUUCGGGAUCACCAUUGAACGAGCUUUUUGGACUCGAGUCCUUCACUGUUCAAACAAAAACAAAAAGCAAAAAAAUUUAUAAUAAACAAUUCCCAAGGAUCCCAAUGUGGGGAUGACCAUUGCAAGUGCUCUUAUUGACUUAUUUCCCAGCCGGUUCAAUUAUUAAUUUAGAAAAUACUAGCGCAAUAUGUAUAAAAGUCUUUGGGUCAUGCUUGUCGCAUCUAAUAAUCACAAACCAACCAUAUAAAAUGUGGAUUUUGCAUAGUUAUAACUUAUAAAUAUAGUACUUGGUGAGUUCAGAGGCACAUGCCUCCGCGAACCUGCAUUGGCUGUGUGUCAACGAAAGCUAAGUGAUGAUGAGUAGUACUGAAAAGUAUACUUUUGUUUGGGUAAUAAUCAUAUUGCAGAUUAUAGGUAAUGAUGAACAAACCCAAUGCACUUCUAAUUCUUUGCUUUAAACUAGUUUAGAAAUUCGUCAAAUUAGACAGAGUUCAUUAUAGUCUUUUUCGCUUCAGUUUACUCGGUACGAUUACUCUAGUUUGCUAGAAACUUACUGAGCGAAGUAAACUUAUCUCGAUUUGGUUUGAUAUUUGAUUUUUUCUUUAUUGUAAUACAGUCUGGAUUAUUCUUACACACCACCAAACAGUAGUUACUGCACAUGAAUUUGUCAUUAUAUUCUUCAAAACUAUGUACUGCAUGCUAAAAAGGCAAAAUAAAACUGGAAAAGAAAAAGAUGAAAGUGGCAAAAUGAAAUAAAAAUGAAAUCUAUAAACGGUAUAGUUUUUGCGUGUAAAGGAGGAGAAGACAGACCUGGCAUCCAAAGCUGCGUUGAACCAUCAUUUUCUUACUUUCCCCCAUCGUAUUACAUAUCUUGAUCCUUUAUCCAUUUAAUAGUAACAAACUAAUAGCAUGUUUCUUAUAUUUUUAAAUGAUCGGUUUAUGUAUUUCUAACAUGGACGGAAAUACGUUUGGUUGUAAAGGAUGCCAGGAAAAACUAUCAUCAUUACAUGUCGAAAUGAAGAAGAGUCUACGUUUGGCUAUGUCGUACCUAAGAAAAAAAAACAUUCAUUCAGCCGUUUCUGAAACAGAUUGUACGAAUAUUUUUUUUUUUGGUAAAAUUUAAUUUUUUUUUGAUAGGAUUACAAAAGAUAACAAGAAGAAAAUAAAAAAAUUUAAGACUAAACACAAACUUAAACUGUUUUAACAGGAGCAUACACAAGAACCAGAACCUACCGAGAGGCUCGACCAAGUCCACACCAUCCACUUGCCACGAAAAAUGAGCCAAGUUCAAAGCCGGAACCCGGUAAUUUUGGCUUCCCUAAUGAAUCCACUCUUAAAAAUAAUGAUCUAUCUAAGAAAAGCUUGCCGAGAGCUUCAUAGCACCUAUCCACACAAACAGACAGUCAGUGGCGGACCUAUGUAUAAAGAAGGGGGUUCAGCUGACACCUCUUAAAUUUUAUAAAUCUAGUUUGUUAAAUAUGUACAACUGAAUUUCGCUAGUUCUAGUGGUGUUCUGACUUCGGCUGACACCCCUAAACCAGGGUUCAAACUGCUCUUGACACCUUAUUUUCUUUCUUUUUUUAGUUUUGAUUUUAACGCUCAAUUAAUUUCUGACCCAAGUUUAUAAAAAUCAUGGGUCCGCCACAGUAACUGUAGCGGCCAAGCAUACCCGCAUCAACUAAACUGAGCAUUUAUUAGACCGGAGACGAACAGAGAGCACGAAGUACAACACCCCCAAAUGUCAAACGGCCAAAGACCGGGUUGAGAUUGCCACUGAACUCUGAACAGACAAUCUCUGAACCUGCACAAAACUAGCUAAUCACCCAACCCAAGAUGAUCAGCAGCUUAGGCACUGGGAUGAGUACGAAUAUUUAUACAAAAUGACUAAAGAAUCCAUAGAUUGACACAAGUUCAAAGCAGAUUUGGAGGAAUUCACCCAGUACAGUGAUUUUUUAGAUUUACAACUUUUAAUAUAUGUCCUGAUUCUCUUGUUAAGAGAACACAUGUACAAAAUUCUUUAUCAUCUCAUAUAAUUCAUAACCAGUUGGUACUAUCGGAUUCUCCCUAAAUCCAUAGCGAUGGCCAAACUUGAUUUAAUUUGUAUGGGUCCUGUUAAAAAAAAAGAACCGCGGAGUUCUUGAUAUAAAUCAUAACUAUUUUGGUGAGGCACUAUUUGCAAAACAUGGAGAAGACAAAAAAAACUUACAACCAGUAAAUAGUGUAGCUUUACAAAAAGCUUCCCCCAUACUUAUAAAACAAAGCGCCAAGUCUCAGCUUUUGAAGCUAUUCCAAACUGAUACUAAAAACUUACAUUGACCUUAAUUUUCUGAAGUUCCAACUUCCAAUAAGUAAAAAAGUAAAAGCAAUGGUGCCAAAAAUUCUUAAAUCAGUCAGUUAAAAUAGUAUGGGCUAUGGUUUGUAACUUUGCAAGACACCAGCACCCGGUUGGUUAUACAUACUUAAUCAACCUACUCAUAGCACCAAGUACCAACACAUCUUAGUUUCAAUACCUUUCCUAGUUUCAAUAUUUGGUUUAGCUUGAUAUGUGUGAAACAUUUUGUGAUCAAACAGUGAUGGAAGUUAAAGGAAAAAAAAAGAGAAUCAAAUAAUUAGCUGAUUAUAUUGCAAAAAUUAACUUUUUAAAAAUAUGAACAAGGUGAUGGCUCAUCACCUUUAUCUCUUCAUACAGGAGAGAAGAAAAGGUAAGAAUAAUAGCAAAAGCUAACUCAUGCUGCGAUCAAUGUCAAAAGAGAAGAAAAGCUUUCUUAAC